CGGGCCGGCGCGUCUGCCCUCUGGACAUGCCGGCCCCGGGGCCCUGCGGCCCGGCGCUGCUGCCAGCCGCGCUGGCGCUGCUCCUCCUGGCCGCUGCACUCCGGGUCUUCGAGGGCGGCGCCGGGCCGCGCCCCCCCGCAGGGGAGCCGGCCCGAGACGGGCUGCGGAGGACGCUGGAGGAGCCGCGGGCGGCGGGUCGGACGUGGGGGCCGCUGCCCCUGGGAGCCUUGUACGUCGUGGGCGUCCUGGCCUUCGUGCUGCGCCGGUGUCUGCAGGGACAAGAUGAGGCCGAAGCUUCCCCGGAGGAGAAGCCGGCCGAGAAGGAGCUUCUGCGCAGAGAAGAGCAGCUGGCCCGGGAACUGGCCAAGACGGAGCAGCUCCUGGGGGGUCUGCUGGACCAGCUGGACCCUCUGUUUGAGCGUGUGGACGCUCUGGCCGGAGCCCAGCAGGACCUGCUGACCCUAAGGCUUCAGACCAUCAGCCAGCUGUUAAAGGACAAGGGGCUGGACACCGCUGUUGCUUCCCAAGAGUACAGCCCCCCUAUCCAUGAGGACCUGAGUGCUGAGGAAGAUGAUGACAGUGACCUUCAGACCGGGGGCUGGGGGGAGGAACCAGAGGAGGGAGUAACUGAGGCCUGGGCUCCAGAUGUCUCCUGGGGCCAGUCUGGGGAAAAUGGGAAGGAGUGGGGGCUCAGGAGGAGGAAAUGGAUGGAAGGGACCCAAGUCACACACUAAGAGAGGGUGCAAGAUAAAGCCUCAUGGGUUAGGGAAUGGUAUCAGUUUUAGAAAAGCCAGUAAGGAGCCAAAGCUCAGAUUUGAGGAAGUAGGCUCUCUUCAAGUACAAGAUGUUUUAAUAAAAAUAAAAUUUAUUCCAUGUAAGUAUACAGCUUGAUCAUCCCAAACAUUUGUGCUCAAACAUGCUCAAACAUAAAUAUACAUAUCAUACACACAGCACCAUAUUCUUCACCACCAGAUGGUGGCUAGUCACACGUGUUCUAGAGAUGCUGAAGCUUCAAAGCAGGCAGACUUCCCAUGUCUAACUGCUGACAGCCAUAAGGCGCUCUUCUAUCUUGUGUGGCUGCUGUAGAGAAAGAACACUAAGUGAGCCGUCUCCAUAAAUGGUGGGGGGAAAUGCAGUGAGUGUGCAGGUGGCUAACUCAAUCCUUAGAACAAGGGGAGAAGUGAGGCCUACCUGAUGGCUGCAGUCAGACUGUGGUACCAGCGGGAUAGUGCUUCUUGGUCUGUGGACAUGAGCAGCAGCUUUUCAUAGGGAAAAGAAAGCUGGGGGGUGGGAAAGAACAUCUAAGUAGCCUGUCCUGAAGUAACAGCUGGUGCUAUCCAGGAAAAGAAUGGUUACCCAGAUGUAGUUAAGGAUGGGAAUAGGGACUGGACUGGUGAGAGUACUGACAGAGGGGAACUUCCAGGAGAGGUCUGUACCUUCUCUACAAUUUACAGCCUUACAGAGUUCUCUAAAGCAGGAGUUGGCAACUUAUAACCCAUGGGCUAAACUGUCUGUUUUUCUGUACUUUUCUAAAACUUUUAUUUAAAAAUGUAAAGACCAUCCUUAGCUUACAGCAGUACAAUAAGCAGAUAGCAGUCCAUUUGCCACCUCUUGGUCUAGGGUACUACAGUUAAGUGAUUUGCCCAGUCAUAUAUAUAUAUAUAUAUAUGUAUAGGUCAGAGGUAGAACUUGAACCCAUGUCUUACUGGUUCAAAGGCUAGCUCUCCAUCCAAUGAACCACACUGCCUGUCACGUACAGAGCUUGGUGGUGGAAGCUAAUAGAGUUAAGGUCUGAGCUCUAUGGAAAGGGAUAGGAGGACAGGACCUUAUUCCUUAACCCCCGGAGAAAACUUAGGGGAAGGAAUACUAAUAGGGUGUGCAGUCUUAGUCUUUGAGCUGGAAGCAUUCUUAGAAAUCAUCUAGACCAGUCCCCUAAUUUUACAAAUGAGGAAACUGAGGUUCAGAGUGGCUAUGACUUGCCCAAAUUCAUACACUAGCUUGUGGUAGAAGUGGGACUGAAGCCCAGGUCUCCUCAUUCCUAGUUCAGUGUUCCUAUACAGUGUCUAUAAAUUUUAAAAGAAAUUCCUAAGAAGGGUAUAAAUAAGUCACUCAGGGAACUUUGGGGGGGCACCAUCUCUGUCUUGUAGGAUUGUCAGAUUGGCCAAAGUGUGCCAUCUACAAAUUGGGGCUUGAUUUAUUGUUCUGUUGAUUGUCUAGACUUAAGUGAUGGAUGUUAAUGCUGCGGAAUAAAUUCAAAAGUGUGUCAUGCA